AUGACUGGGUCAUAUGCGAACCAGCAGGGAACCCAGCAGCCUGAACUCAAUCCAAAAAUGGCAGAAUUCCAAGUACUAGAAAGGGACAUGUCGGAAACAAACGGAGAACCCAAGCGGAAUACCGGAGGAAUGUUUAAGAAAUACAGGAUUGCCAAGGUACACAUCCAUCGUAUCCAGUCGCCACCUUUUGAUGUCCGAGGUACAGAGAACAGGUGUUCCAUGACUGUGUACAAGAAAAUGGGCCUUCUGCUAGUCAUCGUAAUAGUUGGGGCUAUCAUAACCACGGGAAUUCUGGUCCACCUGAACGCUGGGAAGCAGGAUGACACGGGAGGUACGGGAGGCGAUUGGACCUCGCCCAAGAAGACAACCAUAACCACGAAUGAAGCUGGAAGCACAGGAAUAACCGGAAGCACCUUCCCUACUAGAAGCAUGUCUACGACCAGAAGCACGGGUACAACAGGAAGCACAUCCACAACAGGGGAAGGAAACGUGGUGAGCGAGGACUACUCCACUUCAUACAUGGAAAAAGAAAUAGAAAAACUAAGGCAGGAGAUUUCUGAUAAUGAGAAAACGUGUAGCGUGCGGUAUCGUCGGAUGUGGUUUGUUGACGGAGUGCGAACGGUCAGCCCUACCGCCACGUAA